CAGUGAGCACUAUUUAUAACCUUAGUGCAUAACGUCAAAUCUUAUGUGACAGUGUUUCCUGCUCGUACUGGUACGCCUCUGAAGAUGAUUCUAUUGAAUCGAAACAUUUAUGAAAACCGUUAAAAGGACGCUUCUGUUAUUCAUUGGGCUGAGUUUAGCCAUGUUUGCGACUGCAGCCAUUAGCGACGUGUCCUCAGCGCAAGGCACUGGAAGCCGAUCGAACUCGUCCAGUGAGAAGACGAGAAUAGCGGGACUCAAAUCUAGCAACGUUCUAGCAGACAUCGCACGAGAAAUGGUCAUGCGCUCGACAACUAACAGUCAGGUUCUGAGCCUCAACUUGACCAAUCUGUUUAUCUUACUGGUUCUAAAAGCCCUGCUGUUUGGAGCAGGCUUGUUUUCUUUUGGAUUCUUGAAGAACGGAGGAGGUUCUACUGGAUAUGGCCGUAGCACUGAUGAGGAAAACUUGACUCCAGACCAACGGGCUAACCCAUUUAUAACAGAAUCAGAACUCCUUCUCCUGCUCACAUAUCUCAUGGGCGAUGCAAACAAUGAAUAUGACUGUCUGCAUCGGGUGGCCUGCGAGGAACCAAAGAAGGCCCUUGAAUAUAUUACAGCAGCCAAAAUGUUAAUCAAGGGAGCAAGGAUCUUCAACAAUGUGGUGAAAUACAACCCCAAGUAUGAGGCAAUUAUAACAAAACUACAAGAAGCAGUGGACUACGGUGCAAACGGUGAAAAAUGUGAUGCACGCUAUGCCUGUUCCAGCAACUCAUAGCAUCAAAAGAAGGAAAUCUGCAACAAAGAACUUUAGUACCACAUUACCAGAACUGCACUGUGAUGAUAUAGUCGAAACUAAUAUAAGCUGUAUUUCCUAUUUUUAAGUUGGAGACUUCACAUAUAUGACAAACUCAAUUUAAUGUAGUUUGUGUACAGUUGUCUCUGAAGUAAAUGUUUUAAUUCUGAGUCAUGAAUCUGAAGAAAUAAAUUAAACACCACAAACCCAAAGGACCUUGUAAAGUGGAACAUUCAUAUCACAGGUGUAGUAAUUUAUAAAAUGAAUGGAUAUUUUCUCAGUUGUUUGGCUAUAUGAAAUGGAUGCAUAAAACUACGUGUAUUAAGAAGAGAUUUAUUUCGGUGAUCAAACAAAGACAUCCUGCAGUCUGUUAAACACACUGAUUUUCUGGAUACUGUACUAAAAGUAAUAUUUGUAUAUUCUUUUCACUUAUAAUUCUCUCAGAAUUAGAAAUGGACGUUGGUGUCUUCUACUUGUAUUUCCCAUCUCUGUAAUUCUCAAUUAUUGUCGGGGUUUCCUUGGCCUGUAAAAAUAAAACACUAAAUAAUGAAAUAGAACUGUUGAUAGAAUAUGAAAGUGUAACUCAAAAGGUUUUGCUUGUAGACUAAAUGGUGCAGCAUAGAACUUGCAACAUACACGCAUUUUGUGGCACGCAAGGUUUGAAAAUUAUAGGCCAAGAAGCCCUCUGUGACACUAAUUUGGAAUGGUCCAUAUAUUAUCUCAAUUCAUUUUAGUUUCUUCUGCAUUAUCCUACUGCAUACUAGGAUGGUAAAGGUAUUACAUGCCUUCAGACUUGAAAGUAAUGUUUCAAUUUAAGCACUGUAUUGGACUAUGGAUUGGUUGAAGUAUUUGUAGAAAAUUUAAGUACUAUACUGUAGUACGUAUAUUACGUUCUCAUUUUAAGAUGUACAUUAUUUAAGUUCAUGUUGCAUUUUUC